AUGGGAGGCGAGGCAGUGAGUAUGGGAGGCGAGGCAGUGAGUAUGGCAGGCGAGGCAGAGAGUAUGGCAGGCGAGGCAGAGAGUAUGGCAGGCGAGGCAGAGAGAGAGUAUGGCAGGCGAGGCAGUGAGCAUGAGGCAAGGCAGAGAGUAUGGCAGGCGAGGCAGAGUAUGUAUGGCAGGCGAGGCAGAGAGUAUGGCAGGCGAGAGGCAGAGAGUAUAUGGCAGGCAGGCGAGGCAGAGAGUAUGGCAGGCGAGGCAGAGAGUAUGGCAGGCGAGGCAGAGAGUAUGGCAGGCGAGGCAGUGAGUAUGGGAGGCGAGGCAGAGAGUAUGACAGGCGAGGCAGAGAGUAUGGCAGGCGAGGCAGUGAGUAUGGCAGGCGAGGCAGUGAGACAAGAGCUAAGGCCAUCGUAA